AGAAAGAAAGAAAGAAGAGAGAAGAGAGAAGAGAGAAGAGAGAAUAGGGAAAUGGGUUUCCCAGUGGCAGUUGGGUACACGGAGGUCCUCUUCCCGAAGGUCCUCCUCCACAUCCUCUCCCUCCUGGGCCUCCUCAGGACCCUCCUCCGCUUCAUGGGCCUCCACCACUUCCCGGAUGCCGACAUGAAGCAGGCCCACUUGGAAUCCCUCCCCCUCGUCAACUUCAUGGACCUGGCCGAUGCCCAUGCCCAGAGCUGUGCGGUGUGCCUCACUGAGUUCGAGGAAAACGAUGAGAUCAGACGGCUGGCGAAUUGUGGGCACAUAUUCCACGGAGGAUGUCUGGAGCGUUGGAUGGGCUACGAUCAGAGAACCUGCCCUCUCUGCAGAACAGCCUUCAAAGCAGAUCAUAAUCAUACACUCUGGGUUGCGUCUCCAAUCCCUCAACUUUACCUUCAUUUCCCUGCUUUCUAGAGGAUCUUCUUCUCUUUGUAUAUAUACACCACUCCUCAAAACACAAUUGUAUAUCCAUUUCUUCUUCAGAUUCAUUUUCUACUAUCCAACAAUCACACCAUCAUUUCAUUUCAACA